CAAGCAAAGAACCUCGAACAGUUAGUUCUCUAUAUUGUUUGUGCCAUUUAUAAACCCUAACAUCUCCUGCCACAAAACACAUGCACCUGAAAAUUAGCCUUUAAUUAUACUUUUUCUGCUAUUUCUUCAGCUUUUGUUUCAUAAUCCAGAAGAAAAAUGGCUAAUACUCAGAUGAAACCUGUUGCCACUCUGCUCUUGGUUUUGAAUUUCUGCAUGUAUGCAAUUAUUUUGGGGAUUGGGAGCUGGGCUAUGAACAGAGCUAUUGAUCAUGGCUUCAUCAUAGGACCUGAUUUUAGUCUUCCGGCUCAUUUCUCACCGAUUUACUUUCCGAUGGGAAAUGCUGCGACUGGAUUUUUUGUGAUGUUUGCUCUGAUUGCUGGAGUUGUUGGUGCUGCAUCUGCAUUAGCUGGUCUUAACCACAUCCGUUCUUGGACUGCCGAUAGCUUGCCGGCUGCAGCCUCAGUUGCUGCCAUUGCUUGGUCUCUCACUCUCCUCGCUAUGGGCUUUGGCUGCAAAGAGAUUGAGCUUCACAACAGGAACGCUCGUCUGAGAACCAUGGAAGCAUUUCUCAUCAUCCUAUCAGCUACACAGCUACUGUACAUAGCAGCCAUUCAUAGUGCUGCUACAAACAAGAGAUGAACAACUUGAAAGUUUGAGUUCAUGAUUAUGUGUUUGUGUCUCGAAAAUUUUCAGUUUUUUUUUUCAAUUGAUUUUUCUCCUUUGCAAAGCACAAGAUUGAACAAGAAUUAGAUGUAUUAUGAUUUGAUUGAUUGGUGUGAAUUGAUUGGUUUUGUAUCAAUUAUUAUUCAAUAAAAAAGUGGUGAGCAACAAUUUAGUUUUA